AUGCCUCUUUGUCUAGCAAGUUCAUUGAUAGCUCAGCAUGGUUUUGUUCCUUACGAUCAAUUAGUUCGUUAUAAGUGGUGGCACAUGAAUGGUUACAUGUCGUCAACCGGAUCUUGUUUUGGUAUAGGUAGGGUAACUCGCAAAUCCUUGUUAGAAUUCCAACGACGUCAGAGAGAUUUUGCUGUAAAAUAUAAAAUCUCUUUGGAACAAUUAGACUUUCUCUCUGAUGUUGAUCUUCUAAAAAAAUUUGAUGUGUAUUGCAGUGGCAGUGAUGUAGCUGGUAAUGAAGCUCUUAUGCGCCUUGCGCCAGUACCACUUUUCUUUUAUCGACAGCCAAUAGCACCUGUUGAAUUUUCGGGCUGUAGUGGUCAAAUCACUCAUGGUGAUCAAAAAGCUUAUGAUGCGUGUCGAUACUAUGGAGCUCUUAUCGUAACUACACUUCAAGGUGAAUCGAAAGACAAUCUAUUAAGUGGAAAAUUUUACCAAAACCAUAUAUUAUGGUUUGGCAUUCAACGGCUGCAUAAAGAGAUUCAAAUGAUUUCGGAAGGAUCUUUCAAGAGAAGUGGUGGUUUAAAGGAUGGAAUUCGAGGAAAAAGCUAUAUUGUGAAUGCACUUGAAGCUGCCCUGUGGGCAUUUUGGUCCGAUGAAAAUUCGUUCGAAAAAGGUGCGCUGUCUGCUGUCAAUCUAGGCAAUGAUACAGACACAACUGCUGCUGUCUACGGUCAAUUAGCCGGUGCUUACUACACCUAA